AUGAUCAUUCCCGUCAGGUGCUUCUCUUGUGGCAAGGUUGUUGGAGAUCUAUGGGAGCGCUACCUACAGCUUCUAGAUGAAGGCAUACCAGACGGUGAUGCUAUGGAUCAGUUGGGCUGUAGAAGAUAUUGUUGUCGCCGGAUGAUCAUGACUCAUGUCGAUUUGAUUGAGAAACUUCUCAGGUAUAAUCCCACCGAAAGGGACCGGGCGAAGUCUCAAAUAUGA